AUGGGCAGCAACGAGGUUCUCUCCCGGCAGCAGGAGCCGGCCUGGUUCGUCUCGCUCGCCAUCCUUGGCGCCCUGUACGUCGCCGCCGUCGCCUUCCGCAUCCUCUCCCACCUCGUCUUGCUACUGCCUUGCCGCCCCACCGACCUCCGCCGCCGCUACGGCGCCUGGGCCUUGGUCACCGGCCCCACGUCCGGCAUCGGCCAGUCGGUCGCCAUCGAGCUCGCCCGCCGCGGCCUCAACCUCGUACUCGUCGGUCGCGACCCUGCCAAGCUCCAGGACAUGGCAGACACCAUCUCCAACACCAACGCCUCCGUGCAAACCAAGACCGUCGUGGUCGACCUCGCCCUCAUCGCUACGCCGCAAGGCGACGAGGCGCUGCGGCAGCUCCGGCAGGCGGUGGCGGGGCUCGAGGUUGGGGUGCUGGUGAACAACGCCGGCCUGGCGAAGCCGUGCGCGGUGUACCUGCACGAGGCGGACGUGGAGGCCUGGGUGAGGAUGAUCCGGGUGAACCUGUGGGCGCUGACGGAGGUGACGGCGGCGGUGCUGCCGGGGAUGGUGGAGCGGGGCAGGGGCGCCGUCGUCAACAUCGGCUCCGGGACCACCAAGGCCAUCCCUUCCUUCCCGCUCUACUCCAUCUACCACGCCUCCAAACGGUACGUUUCUCAGUUCUCCAGGAGCCUUUAUGUUGAGUACAUGGGCAAAGGAAUCGACGUACAAUGUCAGGCACCACUCUUCGUGGAGACGAAGAUGACGAUGGGUGUGGCGGUAUCCCGCAAGCCGCGAGGCCUCUUCUCACGGCUGAUGAUGCCGACGUCUGACGAGUAUGCGAGAGCGGCGGCAUGCUGGAUAGGUCAUGGCCCACUCUGCAUGCCUAACCUGGGCCACCGGCUCCAGUGGUGCAUUUGUCAUGUUGUACCAGAUUACAUGCUCGAUGUAUUGGUCCUCCGCGUGAGCCUAUGGCAUAGAGUUAUUUUCCAGCGCAUCAGGACAAAGAGGGCAUCACGGACAAAUGUCAUCAACGACGGAGUUCAGCCUUGGAAACAAGCCUAA